AAACCACUUUUCGUACUUGGAAUAUGGAAAGUAGCAAUUUUGUGGACAAGAGCAAAGAGCAUAGUUUAUCCAAGUUGGGUGAGCUACCGGAAAAUUUGGAUCUUCUCCUCAAAACAAAUUCAUCUGGCUGCACAUGGUUCAGUCAUGAUGUUCUGAAAAACUGGACUUCUCAAUUCUCCCCAGAAAAUCUAAUUGGUAUAGGGGGCUGUAACCGUGUAUACAAGGGAGUUCUUCCUGAUGACAGGCCAGUGGCAGUAAAGAUUUUGAAGUCGUCCAAUGAAGCAUGGAAGGAUUUCACCCAGGAAGUGAAUAUUAUGACGUCGUUGAAGCACAAAAACAUAACGCCUCUACUUGGAAUUUGUAUAGAAGACAAUGAUCUAAUCUCUGUGUAUGAUUUUCUGUCCAAAGGAAAUUUAGAGGAAAACCUACAUGGCCAUGCCAAAGUGAAGCCAGUAUUGUCAUGGGAAGUGAGAUUUAAUGUGGCUGUUGGGAUUGCUGAAGCCUUAAAUUAUCUACACAAUGAGUGUUCUCGGCCUAUCAUUCAUAGAGAUAUUAAGUCCUCAAACAUUCUUCUCUCUGAUGAGUAUGAAUCACAGUUAUCAGAUUUUGGGCUAGCAACAUGGGGACCUACAACUUCAUGUUCCCUGACUCAUAGCGACGUAGUUGGAACUUUUGGCUAUCUCGCUCCCGAGUACUUUAUGUAUGGUAAAGUCAGUGAGAAGAUUGAUGUCUACUCUUUUGGGGUGGUUCUUCUGGAAUUGCUAUCGGGGAGAAAACCAAUUGAUGCUGAGUGCCCCAAGGAUCAAGGAAGCUUGGUCAUGUGGGCAAAACCGAAACUCGAGAGGGGGGACCUAACCAGUAUACUGGAUCCAAAUUUGAAUGAAAAUGUUGACAACGCUCAGAUGCACAGAAUGGCCCUUGCAGCAACCCUUUGUCUUACACAAGCAGCACGCCUUCGUCCUAAAAUGAACCAGAUCCUGAAGAUCCUAAGAGGGGAUAAAGAUGUGGACAAAGGGAUGAACAACCUUGUUGGAGAUCAAAAUGAUUCAGGAAACCAGGAUAAUAACGACGAUGAUGAAGUUUAUCCAGAUUCAAGUGUAGAGUCCCAUUUGGGUCUUGCAUUGCUUGAUGUAGAUGGCACCUCUACAUCAUUCAGCAGUGUGGAGCAAAGCUGCCGUCUUUCCUUAGAAGAAUUCUUGAAAGAAAGGUGGAGCAGAUCAUCAAGCUUAGAUUAGCUUUGCCUGUUCACAAGAAAAUUCUACCACCAGCUUAGGUAGUGUGUGUAAUUUACCCUGUACAGUUAUAAGGAAUUGAGAAAGAGAGAGAGAGAGAGAG